AUGGAAGACGAAGAAAAUUCUCAAUUAGAUGCUAAUAUGGAUAAUGAAGAUAUCGAUCAAGAAAUGAUCGCAUUAAAUGAAGUAUUUUCAAGAUUUAAAGAUGAUCCUAAUGACGAUUUUAUUAAUAUUAAUCGUUUAACUCAAAUUUUACAAGCAUUGGGUAGAAAUCCUUCACUAAAAGAUUCUGAACAAAGAAUUAAUGAACUUGAAGCAACUGGAAAAUUUGAAUUAACACUGGAAGAUGUUAUACAAAUACUCAAUGAAUCAUGGACAGUAAUUAAUAAUGAUCGUGAUGGUCUUCGACAAGCCUUUGAAAAAUUUGAUCCUACAAAAGAAGGUUAUAUUGAUAUUGAAAAAUUUCGAACAGUAAUGACAACACUUGGUGAACCAUUAGCCGAUGAAGAAUUAGAAGAUCUUAUUCAAUUAGGUUUAAAUGAUGAACAAACAAAAAUAAAUAUUGAUUAUUUACUUGAUCAAUUACUUGGCAACAAUACAUAA